GCAAGACUUCUUACUUGUUAUGUACUCUUUUUUUUUUUUUGGGGGGGGGGGGAAGAAUCCAGAAUCCUAAUUCCUGAGUGUGCUCAGUUACAAUACAUCCUCAUUAAUAACAGAUACUAAAAUCAGUGAGAGGUGAACUGGGGAAAAAAAAAUAAGCAAGCUCCACCUACAAAAUCUAAUGAGUUAAGGUUUCCUAAUCUAAUGACUUAAGGUUUCCUAUUUGAUUUGAAUUGGUCAUUUAAAUUAAUUCAUUCUACUACAGCCAAGACAUGUCUUAGAUAUUUAGAACUCCUUAAUUGCGUGCUGAUUAGCUAUGUGUGCAUGCAUAGUUGAGCAAGAGUUCUGUGCUCAUGAAAUUACAAAUGAGUUGCAUGUUUGCUUAUGUACCAGCAGUUUCUGCUGUAACACCUCUUGCUCACAGGUGUAUUUAUAGAACCAAGCCAAUCUUUGUUUUAUUUCCUUACCAUACUGUUGCUAUAGCCGGAUUUAUUUGCAUGUGCAUGCAUAAGCAAAGUUAAAACUACCAACACCCUGCCCCUGGUUUGUUUUAUAAAGCUGCAGACCUCACCAUUGCUAUCUGAAGAACGUAAGGGCCAACUCUAAUGUGUUACAGCAGUUGCCUGUAACCAGGUAAAAUGAAUCCUCCCUAAAACCUUGACGGUGCAUUUUCCGUAAUUCCUAUUAGCAGGUCGUAGUCCUGCUGCACAGACGCACUCAGAGCAGGGCCACCUUUACGGAUGGCAGGCGCUCAGCUGGUAGAAGAUGUGAGCAGAGUUGAGGGCUGGCAGGGUCCAGCACGGUGAGCUGCUGGGCUGGCUCGUUAAGGCACAACUUAGUCACUUCCUCUGUGUGCAGGAUGCACCUUCAGAGCCCCACUUGGGCAUCUAAAGUCAAAGCAGAGCGUGGAGGCACUCCCUGCUUACCAGGAGAGGACGACCUCGUGUAGGCUGCCUGGGUUUACUGCUCUGUCACUGUGCCGGAAGGCGCAGCAGCAAACUCGGGUUUUGUGCUGUCCAGGGGCACCUGGGAUGGGGUCAGACCUGCCGCAGGGAAGGAAAUCAGACCCCGCCAAGCCUCAGGCACCUGCAGGUCUUAGAAUGGUUCCUGAAUGUCCUUGCUGCGGUCACCUGGAUGAAGGUGGAGAAGCUCAGCCAGCCCUCGUCUGCUGGGAAACCAAGCCGAGAGCUUGGAGAAAAUCACCAUCGCCUCCUCGCUCUUUGGUGGAUUUAACACCCUGUUGUUCUUUGCGAGCCUGGCGCUGUCCUCCACCAGCUGGAAAGAACAUCCCUCUUGUCUGACGAGGCGCUGUGGCUUGUCCUCCGCAUCAAACAUGACCCCGGAUUCCCCGGCUCCACAAGUCCUUACUCAUCCGAGCGGCAAUCUCACGAGACCCCCUCCGAGUCCCACGAAGGCAUUUCGCGGCGCGUGCCGGCGGAUGGCUGCUGUCCCAGACCGAAACACGAGAGGCGAGGCCGGGUGAGCGUGAGGCUCUGCGCCGUGGCCAGAGGUGUGUCUGCCGUGGGGCUCGCCGCUCCCUGUGCCGAUAGGAGCGUCCAGAAAUACCUGCACACGGCCAAGGCGUGUCUGGAAACCUGAUGCCUCAUCGCAGCCGAUGUGGAGGCGGAGGGAGGAGGGCCGAAAGACAUGUCCCUUCACGCUCACAACAGCUGAACACGGAGAAGGAAACUCACUAGAGUCCUUCUUACCAGCACUGAAGGCCUUGGUGUCCCUGUCUCACCCCAGAAGCCUUGCUGUAUUCCAGUACUCUGGGGGGGUGGCAGUCCCGCACCCGCCGGGCGAUGAACAUCGCAAGGAGACGAGGCUUUUACAGACAGGAACUCAACAAAACCGUCUGGGAGCUGCCCAGGAGAUACACGUCCCUCCACCCGGUGGGGUCCGGGGCCUACGGCUCCGUCUGUUCAGCCAUAGACAAGAAGACAGGAGAAAAAGUGGCCAUCAAGAAGCUAUGCCGCCCGUUCCAGUCGGAGAUCUUCGCCAAGAGAGCGUACAGAGAGCUCAUGCUGCUGAAGCAUAUGCAACAUGAGAACGUCAUUGGGCUGCUUGAUGUCUUCACCUCUGCUCCUUCCUACCACGGAUUCCAGGACUUCUACCUGGUGAUGCCAUACAUGCGGACAGAUUUACAAAAGAUCAUGGGACAUGAAUUCAGUGAUGAAAAGAUCCAGUACCUGGUCUACCAAAUGCUGAAAGGGUUGAAGUAUAUUCAUUCUGCCGGAAUCAUCCACAGGGACCUGAAGCCAGGCAACCUGGCUGUGAAUGAAGACUGCCAGCUAAAGAUCUUGGACUUUGGUUUGGCAAGACACGCUGAUGCUGAGAUGACCGGCUACGUGGUUACACGCUGGUACAGAGCUCCAGAAGUCAUUCUGAACUGGAUGCAUUACAACCAGACAGUGGAUAUCUGGUCUAUCGGUUGCAUCAUGGCAGAAAUGCUGACUGGGAAAACGCUGUUUAAAGGAAAAGAUUACCUAGAUCAACUGACUCAGAUCCUGAAAGUAGUGGGGUAUCCAGGAGAAGACUUCGUGGAGAAACUGGAGGACAAAGCGGCUAAGAGUUAUAUCAAGUCCCUUCCCAAAAUGCCCAAGAAGGAUUUAUCUGUGUUUUUCCCCAAAGCCAAUCCCCAGGCAGUGGACCUGCUUGACAAGAUGUUGCAGCUGGAUGUGGAAAAGCGCCUUACGGCCACAGAGGCAUUGGCCCACCCGUAUUUCGAACAGUUCCGAGACAUUGAGGAGGAGACAGAAGCACAACAGUCCUAUGAUGAUUCUCUGGAACAUGAAAAGCUUUCGAUAGAGGAAUGGAAAAAGCACAUUUACAAGGAGAUCUUGUCCUUCAGUCCCAUUGCACGGAAGGACUCAAAGAAGCGGAGUGGAAUGUCGUUGUAGCAACUGGUGCGGCUGUGACUGGGUUUCACUUCUUGUGCUGGAUGACAGAUUGGAUUUAUUCCACGCUACCUCGCUCAUUGCCAUCGUUUGGCCUGUGGGACUUCUGUGUGUGUGAACACGAAGACGACACCACACUGUGGGCAUUGGACUUUGUACUAUGGAAGGGGGAAGCAUCCCCAAACAGUUUUCAACACUAAAGAUAAAUAUAUGUUCAUUGAAAUUU